AUGUCAGUGUUAAAAGAAAAUGAUAUCACAGUGCUGGAAUAUAUAUUCAAUCCCAACAUAUCGUUUGACUUAGGAAUAGAAGAAGAUGAAACUCUGAGCGCAGAAGAUGAACAAGAUAGUGCGGAAAUGCGCAAAGCUCGAGAAAUAGAACUGGAGGGAAUCAAAGCUGCAGAAAAAGGAGAAUUUGAAAAGGCAAUACAAAUUUUUACCACAUCUAUAGCGACUUGUGAGAAUGCAUCUGGUUAUAACAAUAGAGCACAGGCAUACCGUCUUCUAGGAGAGGAUUCCAGGGCUUUAGAUGAUUUAUACAAUGCACUUAAACUGUGCAAAGUAAAGAGCAAAGUCCAAUGUCAAGCACUUUGCCAAAGAGCGCUACUUUAUCGAAAAUCAGGUGAUGAUGAGAAAGCUAGAGAAGACUUCCAAUUGGCAGCAGAGAAUGGAAGCCAAUUCGCUAAGAAGCAGCUGGCAGAAAUGAAUCCUUAUGCAGCCAUGUGCAACCAGAUGCUACAUCAUAUGAUGUUGAAAUUGAAUACUUCAGACAAUAAUUCAUAA